AUGUCGCAUUCACGCCAGGACAGUGCGUCUUAUGGGCUGCUCGGCCAUCGCAACAGCGACGAGGAACAUGGUUCUCCAGAAAAUGGCCCAAGUCGCGAGGAGUCUCCUCCACCUAAUUCCGAAAGACCCGCCAACGAUGGCGCCGAAGAGCAGCAGGAAUCGUCUCGCGCCGGCCGAGUGCGUUUUCAAUCGUUCAGUCGCAACAACACCCAUGACACUCUGAGUCCAAUUGCUCGACCGCCCAUGUCGCGAUUCAAUUCCGACCAGUCCGUUCAGUCUUUUCGAUCUAUUAUCCCGACGGCCGCCCGGUCUACUGACAUCUCGGAUGCCUUCCGCUCGAAUUCAUUUGAGCCUGAACCGGCGGAGGAGGCGAGGCACACGCCCAAUGCUGGCUCGUCCUUCCCGUCGGAUACGUCGGAUGACUCGGAAUUGAAGAAAGAGAAAGAGGCCCAUGAGCACAUGACAGCCAAAGAACGAUGGCACGCGGCCAGUGAUCUGAUCCGCCAGAAGACGACGAAACUCGGUGAACGGCUAGGUCGACCCCUCGACGAAGGCGAUCCGCUCGGUGCUUCGUUGUUGCCGGAUGACCUCGAAGGCGGCAUGUCGCAGCGCGAGAUGUCGGAGAAAACGCGACACAUUAUCGACAUGCCCACGGGCGACGAAACGCCGACUGCUCCCAGCGCAGAAGCGCACCGUCUCGUUCGCCGCAUGACGCAAGGUCAGAUGCGCCGACGACGCCCCCGAUCGGCCUACAUGCGGUCGGGACAGAGCACCCCGGAGGGUCUCGGCCGUCCCGAUUCUUGGUACAACUCCCGACCGCGAUCGAUCAGCGGCGGGGGUAUUCUCUCGCAGCUGCUGAAGCUGCAGGCGGGCGCCGCGUCGAGCAAAGACAGCCUGUCUGUGACCGAUUCGUCCGAUAGUGAAUCGCAGAUGUCCUCGGGGGCUGCCACGCCGAAGAAGGACAAACUGAAGUGGUACAAGAAGCCAAACCACAAAUCGACUGCGUCCCUGGUGGAGGCGUCGAUGAAUUUGAGUCGGGCCAGUUUGCCCGCCGGGGCCGACGCCAUGUCGGUUGCGACGCCCAAGCGAGGCAAGAAGAAGGCACAUCAGAAAACACGCCUGGAGGACGAGAUCCGCGUCACGGUGCAUAUUGCGGAGAUUCUGGCGCGGCAGCGAUACAUCAUGCAGCUUUGCCGCGCGCUCAUGCGAUAUGGCGCCCCCACUCACCGUCUCGAGGAGUACAUGCAGAUGACGGCGCGAGUGCUCGAGGUGGAUGGCCAAUUCUUGUACCUGCCUGGAUGUAUGAUCAUGUCUUUUGAUGAUCCCACGACGCGCACGGCCGAGGUCAAAUUGGUGCGUAUGGUGCAAGGUGUGGAUCUCGGUCGCCUGGCUGAAACGCAUAAUGUGUAUAAAAACGUGGUCCACGAUUUGAUCGGAGUCGAGGAGGCGAUUCAGGAAUUGGGUCAUAUCAUGAAGCGGCCGCCGCGAUUCAACAAGUGGCUGAUGAUCCCUGCGUACGGACUGGCUAGUACAGCGGUUGGCCCCUUCGCAUUUGAUGCGCGGCCGAUCGACAUGCCCAUUUGCUUUCUGCUCGGAUCCCUGGUUGGCCUCAUGCAGCAUGUCCUGGCCCCCAGGUCCGUGCUGUAUUCCAACGUGUUUGAAGUUACGGCGGCCGUGCUGACCUCGUUUCUGGCUCGAGCUUUUGGUUCCAUCAAGGCGCCCUGGGACGGAGAACAGCAACUGUUUUGCUUUUCCGCUUUGGCGCAGUCUUCCAUCGCGCUGAUUCUACCGGGAUUCAUGGUGUUGUGCAGUAGUCUGGAACUACAGUCGCAUCAGAUGAUCGCGGGCUCGAUCCGAAUGGUCUACGCCAUUAUUUACUCCUUGUUCCUCGGGUACGGCAUCACGGUGGGCACCACCAUCUACGGGCUAUUGGAUGGCGCCGCCACGUCGGAAAAGACAUGCAAGCGCCUCGACAUAUACGGAAGCACCUACGUGCAGCAUUUUAUCUUCAUCCCCGUCUUCGUGGUUUUCAUCGCCAUCAUCAACCAAGCCAAGUGGAAGCAAAUGCCGGUGAUGAUCGUGAUUGCCAUCUGCGGCUACGUCACCAACUUCUUUAGCACGACGCGGCUCGGCUCUCGGUCCGAGGUGGCCAACACCGUCGGCGCUUUUACGAUUGGAUUGCUCGGAAAUCUGUACAGUCGGCUGUGGCACGGACAUGCCGCCACGGCCAUUCUUCCCGGUAUCUUCGUGCUGGUGCCGUCCGGCCUGGCGUCCAGUGGCUCGCUGAUCGCGGGCAUCAACUACGCCGAUCAGGUGCGCGAAAAUCUCAGCAAGGGCAACGGGUCGGCGGUGGACGAGACCAGCCAGGACACGUCGAUCGCUAGUCUGGGCUUUGGUAUGAUCCAGGUAGCGAUCGGCAUUACGGUCGGACUGUUUAUCUCUGCGCUGAUCGUGUACCCGUUUGGGAAGCGGCGCAGUGGAUUGUUUAGUUUCUAG